UUUUAGAUACAUAGAAAUAGUAGAAAUUAAUAGCUGUACAAUAAAUUAUUGUUUUCCAUGUUAUUUUUACAAAUUAAUUUACUACGAUAUUUGAGUGAAGAGUGUAAUACGAAGUGUAAAGGCUACUUGCAAAAGAAUGAUACUUUAUCCAAAUGGAGUGGACAAAUAAAAUGACUAGAUCGCUGAUGUAAGCCUUGAAAUCACUUUUCUGAAAGUUCCUUUCAGCAGCGCUGGAUGUCUCUAAGAAUAUCAUUUCGACGGCAAUGUCGGUAUUUCAGAUCGUGUAAUACGAACUCCCACAAAACGGUAGGACUGUACUAUACAUAUACAUAUCACGUCUAUUACUGUGCUAUUACUAGUAUUCAUGCCGUAACGUUAGUUACUUGAUUCAAGCUCGUGCGUAUCGAAACGUCAGUAUUUCAACACACAUAACAGUACGAGAUCUCGUGAGAUCUCCAUGUCACGUAUAUCGCGAGUGUUGAUUUGCGAUUAACCUCUGACACGGUGUAAAUCUUUCUCAGAAAUGGAUAAAAGAUUGGAUACAUCAAAGUCAGGGUAUCGUGAGGAUGUCACUGGUCAUUCUAAAAAGAGUAAGAAGCGAUCCAGCAAAAGGAAUAGUAUGAUUAACUCAUGGAUGAAUAGUCUCCAGAACAAUCAAAACAAUGAUAUGGUACCUGGCAUGGAGCAUCAGCAUGUACUGUGGCAGUCUAACAUGCAACAGAACUUCCCAAAUAACGGACAGCGCCUCUUUACGACAGCCUCUGAUCCUAGUAUGUGUGGUUACGCACAGGUCCCAAUGACCUAUGCCAUGGAGCCAGUUUCACUACCACCCAUGUACAGGUUAUAUCAACCAGUGCCAUUUUCUGGCAUCAGAACUAUUCCCAACAGACCCAGGAGACACUGUAAUCAAGCUCAUCCAAUGGAAUUGAGCAUAAACUCUAUGGGAAACGGUUAUACGAGUCUACAGGAGAAUGGUUUGACAUCUCCUAUACCAAUUGAUUAUCAGAAUGGGGACUAUGCAAGUUUGCCACCCACUGCUAACAAGAACAGUGGAAUUAAUGGAGACGAAUUAAAUUCAGAGCACAGAAGGUAUUCGGAUCCUGGCCUUGGAUCUGCCGAGGCUCCUACCCAGAGCGAAGAUCCUGACAGUGUCGAUAGUGGAAGUUCUAUUACAACUAUUGGUCGCAGCAAUAAACUAGUUCUGUCUCUUAUUGAACAGAUGACAGAAUUGAAAAAGAGUAAUAGUCAACUGUUCAAAGAAUUAAAUGAAACAAAGUCUGAAUUAGGGAGUAUGAAAGCAAAGCUGGCACAGUGUAAAUAUAAUGGCUCUUCUGAUUACCAACCAGGAAUGUUAUCGGAUUUCAUUAGAGAAAUCAGGCAAGCGAAUAAAACGUGCGAAGAAGGAUUAGUUUCAAAAGUAAAGUCUAUAGUGGAAGAGAAGUUGAAUCAGAGGUCAUUAGAAGUAGCCAAUUUAAAUAAUCAGAUCUUGAAACUGGUGGAGGAGAAGGAGGAGAACGAAAAACGUAUUACAAAAUUAGAAGAAGAAGUGGCAACCUUGAGACUGAACGCAAACAACGAGGGCCGCGAGAUCGCAGCGUUCGAGGAAGAGACGCUGGCGCUGCGACGGGAGCUGCAGGAGGCGCGGUCAUCCAAGAGCCUGGCCGAGAAUCACGUGGCAAAGUGCGUAAACGCGAGAUCAGUCAGCCCUGUCGUUGCCCUCGACUCGCCCUACCUAACCAGCACCCCCGUGCGUACCGCUCUCUCCGACACCUGUAGCCUGGUCCCUUCGUCGUCCUCCUCCUCAGGCUCAUCCUCGACCCAUCAGCACUUCGCCAUGCUGCGCUCACGAACCGCGGACCUGGCUCACCACUUCGUCUCCGAGAAGCCAAGCUACGGGUCCGUGGACUGUACUCCACAGUCCACUUGGACGGUAGACGAACAAGGUUCUAGCAUGCAGUCGCCCGUUGCGGAAGACCUGACCUACGAAGAGACCUCCAGUCUGACCAACUCGGAUCUGCCCGUCGACACCAAGUCGGAGGAUCCUGUCGAUCGAGUGGAAGAGAAGGAGGAGACCAAGGAGGAAGUUUGUAAGACGGAAGACGGAUCCAGGUCGGAGAAAAGGAGCAAGGGGUCCAGGAAGGACGAGGAGACGCGAGGCGCGCAGAGGGCAGGCUCGAAGAAGACCAGGAAGAAGAAGGUGAACUCGAAGAGGUCGUUCAGCGAGGCGGACAAGCCAGCUUCCUCGGAGACGGUGAACGAGAACGGGCGGAGAACGGUGAGCGAGGACGAGGCUCGUCAAGAUGACGAGGACACGUGCCGAGCCAUCACCGAGAUCCCGGAAGUGACCGUUGUCGGUGGUGGCUCCCCCUUCGUGCCGAAAGAUCUCUGCUCGACGGGAAUCCUGACCUCCAGAGUCCUGACAGCACCCUCACGCGCUACCUACACCACCGCCUACAUUUAGGCCACGUACGCGCGGGGCCCCGCAACCAUACGCGCACCAAUGGCGGACGCGUGCCGCAAACGGGGGCUUCAAGGGCUUGCUAGAGGCUACUACUAUGUACAAUGUCGAAUAGCACGUAGGUCUAUCGUUCACUCUAUCCUCGAGUAGCGUUUUUUGGCUAUUAUGCUUGGAACGGUAGAACCUCUUUGCCUUGGUUCCUGCUGACGGGUUCGUGUCCACGGUAAGCGUGGAUCAUUGUUUGGCGUGACUAGGGGACUUUGUAGAGCAGAGUUUUUGUAUUAGGAAAUCUUGCGAAACUUUCCCAGAUCCAAUUUCCGUAAUUCUGAAAUGGACCUAGAAAUCCUAGUUACGCCAAUCAAAUAAUUUGGCUGUAGCUUUGCCUUGACCAAACUUAUUAUACAUGCUAUCGUGUGGAGAUGACGAGAUGGCAAGCCUUAAUUUCGUGAUUCAUUCAGAAGUUGGAUGCUGUAUUAUAUUUUUUUCACAUACCAUCUUGUUAUCUCCGAGCAGUAGUUAUUGAACGAAAGUGUCCUUAAUCCCUUGCCUCGUGGUUUCUUUGGCUCGUGCCAUUAACACCUUACCUGCUCGAGGAUGAAAUGAAUAAGCUUUAUAAAUUAAUAGUAAUUUGAAGUAACAUUAAGGUUGAGUGUACAAAAUUUCUGAAAUGAUCCUUUUGGUGCUAAAUGAUUUUAACGAGUCCAUUGAAUACUGGAUAGUUAACGCGUUGACCAGUCAUCGACUGAUGUGUGAGCAUCGUGCAGAUUGUCGUUACAUUCCUGAUCUAUAAAAGCAAAUUUUGGAAUUGGUUAAGAAGCUUUUUUUGACAUUGCAAUCUUUGUUCACUUGAUACUAUUAGGAUUGUCAGUAGGUGUGGAAAGCGGCAAUAUAACGAGAAUCUGCUAUAAUAUGAUGCGUGUUAAGUACAACGCUUAGAAUUUAGUAAUUGCAUCGGCACGUUUGCUUGAGCUUAUCUUAUUACAGUUUUAGUACUCAAAGGGUUAAUUACUUGGUAAGGUGUUAAACGAUUGAGUUGCUUGUACAUAGGAACACUGUGUGCAUAGCUUUCUUGCGCGAGAAUUUUGAAUGGUUAACAUAGUUAGGUAAUUAACAAGACCUUCGGCGAUGAAUUUUUACGAAUGACUUGAGUAAACGGAGAACGAAAUGACAGUAAAAAUUGAAUCUCUUAUAUUUUGUUCUCUAGAUUUAUUAAGUUCGUGACUUUGAUUUUUACAAUUGUACUUGUCGUAAUUUUACGAUCGUAACUUUUCACAUUUUUUUAUCAAAUACAGAUUAUAUUUUUUUAUUUGUGUAAAUAUUUUUCGAGUUACAAGUCUGUCAGCGUGAACCAAGUCCCGGAUUGUUAAGAAAAUGUUUCCAUAAAUGCUUUUAGUGUUUGCAACAAAAGGUACGAGAAGAGCAUUGCAUUGUGUAUCUUUAAUUUUGUAUGAAAGAACGAGAAAUUCAGAAAAAGAAAUAAAUUUGCUCGUUGAAAUAAAAUGCUCGUUGAUUUUCUGAAUUGUGUUUCAGUCGAACAAUCGUAAAGCACUUCUCACGGUUUGCAGCUUCUUCUUUUUUUUAUUUUAUUUGUAAUAAUUUAUAUAUUCGAGCAGUGUAACGUCAUCGUUGGCAUGGCUUUGCAGCUUGUAUUAUAGCAUGGUUCAGGUUUUUUAUCAAUAUCGUGUACAGUGUGUUGCUUCUUGUUUCCCGUGUGCAAUAUCGUUUUAUCAUUGUACGAGUCGUUGAUUGGCCUUGGUGUAACUAUUACAUAAAUUUUGCAGCGCAUUAUUUUCAAGAAAGCCCUCUUAUGAAAUCCCUCACGGUUAUUCUUUGCAUAUCGAAUAUAAAAAAGCAAGAAGUCCCUUCAAAAUAUCGUUGCAUGAAAGUUUGCGUAAACGAAUUACAGAAAAACCAAAAAAAAUCUAAAUGUUCCACUGAACAAAAUACGUUUCAUAAAGCGCUCAAAUAUUCAUAGUCGAUGUACACGUUAAAUAAAAA